CCGCCUCCCCCGGCUACGGCGAGCGGCGAGCGGCAGAAAGGGCCGGCGCCGGCGGGGGGCGAAGCGCCCCCUGCCCGUCCCUGCAGAGCCGAGGCAGAUUGUAGCAAAGGUUCAGUGAUCACACAGAAUCUGAAGUGGAGGAAUCUGUGUACCACCAGCUGCUGAACCACCUGAGGACCACACACCUAUAGUUGAAUCCUCACCGUCACUGGAUGACUUACCUGGUGUGGAAGCACCAGCAUCCUCAGCCCAGCCAUCUGUAGUGGAAUUGCCAGUGUCUGCAGACCAGCUGGCUGUCAAGAAACCACCACGUUCUGAGCACCACUUCCUGCUCAUUGUGUAGUCUGCAUCCAGGGGAAGCUCACCUGAGACCAGAUCACCUGUGGGUGAACGUCCAGGUUUCAAAGUCGAGAUGUACACCUCUGAAUCCACACAGGAUGGCAGUAACACUGUUGAGACUGUGUUGUCAGCAGCAGAGAUUACAUUUGAAGCACUGGAGAAUCCAGAGGCUUUUGGAGACCCCUAUCAGGUUGCCAUGAAUUAUGUGGAGGAACAUAAAAUUCUACAGAUAUUUCAGGAUAUCACCGAAAAACUGCUGAUCCAUAAGCCUGAUGACCCCUUGCAGUUCAUAUUGAAGGAGGUGCAGUCUUUGAUAAAUGCCAGGCAAGCAGAAUCUGUGAGACUAUCAGAAGAGAACAAAGAUGUGUAGGUGUUUCUAGAAGAGGGCCUGAGCACUCCUUUUGUCCCCCAUUGACCUUGCUGUUGUGGUAUUGCCACACCAAGCCUUCACAGCACCAUGUACUCAUUGGCAAAAACUUGGAAAAGAUCUGCUUGUCUGUCUCUUGCCUGGUGUCUCUGUUUUGUAGGCUUUUGCUUCGCCUUGGGUUUAAAUCCUGUGACCGAGUUUUGGUUUGGAAUCACAGACUGAGAUCUAAGUGUGCAUGGAUCCGCAUGCACAUAUGGCACAUCUUGAAGAGGCAGGUCUGCUGAACUUCUAUGCAUAUAAAUGCAUAAAUCUCAUAUUUAGGCCACUCCAGACUCUGCCUUUCUGUGCAGAGAAAUCUCAUAGCUCAGACAAUGUAAGGACAAAAGCAAGCAGAGUUGAAAAGCAGCUCUGGACAACCCACAGCCUUCUUUUUUCAUGCUGCAUUGGUGGCUUACCGUGUCCAGUUAUGCAGCAGCACCAAUGCCUAUCUAAUACUUUGAUAGUUUGUGUCUGGGCUUUCCCACUGCCCCCAGAGCUCCUCUCAUGCGAGAAGCUGUCUCCCUGCCUCUUCCACACACUGGAUACAGCUGUCUCACCCUUAAUCAUCGCUGCUGGACGCUGAUCGCUCUGCUUUUUGGGGUUGCCCUGCCUCUAUUAUUGUGUAUAACCUGAACAGUAAAGCAACAGUUGCACACACCCUUUAUGCUUUCAGAAAACAUUGUCACUCGGGAAUGUGGGAGGUGAAUAAAACCAAACAAACCAAAACCAAGCACUGGUAGCCCAGAGAAU